GAACAAUAUUUUAUUCUUGGGUAAAAAAGCUGUGGAAUAGAGGAUGAGUUACAACAUUUAGAAGCCCAGAAAUACCAGCCAAGCACAAACUGAGGUAUCCCAUAUGAAGUUGACAAAAUGGGGAUUUUUGUGAAAUACAUUUAGGCUACAAACCGUAAAAAUUACAGGAUAUAACUUCUUUCUAGAAGUAAACAUAUUUUAAAUCAAUACCGAAAAAAGAGAGUAAAAACAAAAUGUGAUCACAUGAGAAUCCAUGUCAAUAAUGGAGUGGAUGAUAUCAUUGAAGUUUGAGUAAGCACAUGUGAGUGUGAAUCUGUUGAGGCCCAAAACAUAAGAUAAGAGCUCCUCAGCACACCCCAAUGGAAAAAGAACAGAGUAAUUGUUGAAGAUGGAGCCUUGUUUGGAAUGCAGGAGUAUAUACCCGACCGGGUAUGUUGGGUUACCCGAUCGGGUAUGAGGUGUUUGAUGGCUCGAGUAUUUCCCUGGUUUCUACACUCGAUCGAGUAUUGAUCAUUACUCGGUCGAGUAUGCGUGUAAGGGGUACUCGGGUUAUAUUCUGGAGUUUAUACUCGAUCGAGUAUGGAGGUAUACUCGGUCGAGUAUGUGUAAAAACACUACUCGGGCAGAAUUCUGGAAUCUAUACUCGGUCGAGUAUGUAUGUAUACUCGAUCGAGUAUACGGGAAAAAUUAAGAGAUAUUACCCAAAAUAGGACUAAAACAGUUUGAAAAUUCCAAAAUAGGACUUCCAUGUUUUUAUUCCCGAAAUAGGACUAAUUACUGUCAUGUUUUGACAGUACCAGACUUUAAACAUGACAGUAUUUUCCAAAUUUGGCAGUAAUUAGUCUUAUUUUGGGAAUAAAAACAUGACAGUCCUAUUUUGGAAUUUUCAAACUUUUUUAGUCCUAUUUCGGGAACUUUCCCAAAAAUUAAUGACGGGAUUAAUUUUUGGGCCUGCGGCCUUAACCCUUAUUUAGGCUUUCUUAAACCUAUUUAAACAUCCCUAAUGUAUCUGUAAACAUACCAGACGCUGGAAUAAUAAUACAUCUCUCUCUCGUUCGCCGUGGACUAGCGUAAUCACACCGAUUGCGUGAACCACGUAAAUUCUUGUGUUCUUGCUUUAAAUUUAUCGUUUAUCUUAGCCUAAUCGUAAUAAUUAACAACUGGUAUCAGAGCUAUGGCUGACGAAGGGAAGGUUAAGAUCGAUAAAUUUGAUGGUCAAGAUUUCGCUUUCUGGAAGAUGCAAAUCGAGGAUUAUCUCUACCAGAAAAAGCUUCAUCUACCCUUGUCUGAGAACAAGCCAGAGACGAUGGCGGAGGCGGAGUGGAACUUGUUGGACCGACAGGCUCUUGGUGUGGUGAGGUUGUCGUUGGCGAAAAACGUUGCUUACAAUAUCGUCAACGAGAAGACAACGUUUGGACUGCUCAAGGCGUUAUCCAACAUGUACGAGAAACCCUCAGCGGCCAACAAGGUUUUCUUAAUCAGACAGUUGGUGAAUACAAGAAUGAAGGAAGGUGCAUCCGUGACAGAUCACAUCAACGAGUUUAAUUCAAUCAUAUCCAGGUUAGGCUCGGUUGAGAUUAAAUUCGAUGAUGAAGUUCAAGCACUACUUUUGUUAUCAUCUUUGCCCGAUAGUUGGUCCGGUACAGUCACAGCAGUUAGUAGUUCGGCUGGAACCACUAAGCUUUCCUUUGAAGGUAUUCGUGACUUAAUCCUUGGUGAGGAUAUCCGGAGGAGAAGUUCGGGGGAUAGCUCCAAUAGUUUGUUGAGUACUGAAGACAGGGGCAGAAAAUCCACUAAAGGGGGUAACAAGAAGGGAAGAUCAAAGUCGAGGAAGAGGGGUCAAUCCAAGAACAGGAAGGACAUCAAUUGUUGGAAUUGCAAGGAGAAUGGACACUUCAGAAAUCAGUGCCCAAAAGCCCCAGCAGACAAAGGCAAGAAGGAGGUGAAUGUGGCAGAGGAUUAUGAAGAUGUUCUAAUUUGCAGCGUUGAGAAUUCAGUUGAGUCCUGGAUCAUGGAUUCAGGUGCGUCGUUUCAUGCUUGUCAUUGCAGGGAUUUGAUGAAAAAUUUCAGGCCCUACGGUGGAAGAGUUCGUUUGGCGGAUGAUAAAUCCCUGGAGAUCACGGGUAUUGGGGAUGUUGAUCUCAGUACCACUUUGGGUACAACCUGGAGGCUGAAAGAUGCCAGGUAUAUUCCAGACCUGAAGAAGAUGUUGAUCUCAGUAGGACAGCUUGAUGAGGAAGGCCAUAACGUUAGUUUUGGCAACAAGCAAUGGAAGGUAACAAAGGGAAAGCUGGUCAUUGCUCGUGGGCAAAAGCAUGGUACACUGUACAUGGUUGAAGUGUCCACAGAUGGGGCAAACGCAGCAGUUGAAGAUACAGGGGUCUCUACCUUGUGGCACCAAAGACUUGGGCACAUAAGUGAGAACGGAAUGAAGAUGUUGUCUUCAAAGGGCAAAAUCCCAGAUUUGAAGAAUUCAAAGUUGACCUUUUGUGAGCCAUGUGUUCUAGGCAAACAAAAGAGGGUAACCUUUGUGAAGACAGGACAGCAACCCAAGACUGAGCGGCUGGAGUUGAUUCAUUCAGAUGUCUAUGGACCUACAAAGGUCUCUUCAAUUGGAGGUUCCCGCUACUAUGUUACAUUCAUUGAUGACUCUACACGGAAGGUAUGGGUUUAUUUUCUUAAAAAUAAAUCCGAUGUCUUUAACACUUUUAAGAAGUUCAAAGCUGCAGUUGAGAAUGAAACAAAUCUCAAAAUUAAGUGUUUAAAGAGUGAUAAUGGGGGUGAGUAUAGUAGCACAGAGUUUGUAGAGUAUUGUGCUGAACAGGGGAUUAGAAUGCUGAAGACGGUUCCAGAAACACCACAGCAAAAUGGUGUUGCAGAGAGGAUGAACAGAACAUUGAAUGAAAGGGCCAGAAGCAUGAGAUUGCAUGCAGGACUUCCCAAGAUGUUCUGGGCCGAUGCAGUGAACACAGCAGCGUACUUAAUCAACAGAGGACCCUCAUCUCCCAUUGGUUUCAAAAUUCCAGAAGAGGAAUGGAAAGGUCGUGAGGUAUCUCUUAAUCACUUGAAAGUUUUUGGUUGUAUUUCUUAUGUCAAAGUCAGAGAUGCAGAUAGUGACAAGCUUGAGGCAAAGGCAAAGAAGUGUAUCUUUAUUGGGUACGGGUCGGAUGACAUGGGCUACAGGUUCUGGGAAAACCAAAGCAAGAAGGUUAUCAGAAGUAGAGAUGUCACCUUCAACGAGAAUGCUCUUUAUAAAGAUGGUCUUGCAGCAGGAACAAGCAAAGGCAAGCAACCGGAAAACAAACAGCAAGUGGUGUUUGAAGGGAUGACUGAAGAUGACAUAGCACAACCAGUCGGUUGUGAUGAGACGGCUGGAGGCUCAGGGAGCAGUGGGAGCUCAGGAGAUACAGGAAUGUCUGAAGAUAGUGGGAGUGAUGAAGACAGUGGGAGUUCAGAGGCAGCUACUCCACACAUCAGACAGUCCACCAGAAUCAGGAGACCUCCUAACAGGUAUUCUCCUUCAGCAAAUUAUCUAUUGCUGACCGAGAAUGGAGAGCCAGAAUCUUACUCAGAGGCGUUGGCUGUAAGAGAUUUCAUACAGUGGAAGAAGGCCAUGAAAGAUGAGUUAGAUUCACUUGACAAGAACCAAACUUGGUCCUUAGUCAAGUUACCACCGGGAAAGAAAGCAUUGGAAAAUAAGUGGGUUUUCAGAAUUAAAGAUGAAGCAGAUGGAAGCAAAAGAUACAAGGUCAGGCUAGUUGUCAAGGGGUUCCAACAGAAAAAGGGGGUUGACUACAAUGAAAUCAUCUCCCCGGUUGUGAAGAUGACCACUAUCAGGUUGAUUCUUGGUAUCGUUGCAGAUGAAAAUUUACACUUGGAGCAGCUGGAUGUGAAGACUGCUUUUCUUCAUGGCAACCUUGAAGAAGACAUUUACAUGGCUCAACCGAUAGGUUUCUCAGUGAGUGGUAAGGAAAAGUUGGUGUGCAAACUCAAGAAAAGUCUAUACGGACUGAAGCAAGCUCCCAGACAGUGGUACUUGAAGUUUGACAGUUUCAUGCAGCGGAAUGGGUACACUAGAUGCAAGAUGGACCAUUGGUGUUACUUGAAGAAAUUCAAGUCAUCAUACAUUAUUCUUCUUUUGUAUGUUGAUGACAUGUUGGUGGCUGGAUCAAACAUGCAGGAGAUCAACGAGCUCAAGAAGAAGUUGUCCGAAGAAUUUGAGAUGAAGGAUUUAGGGGAGGCGAGACAGAUUCUUGGGAUGAGCAUAGUCAGAGACAAGGUGGAAGGUACUUUAAAGCUUUCACAGCAGAAGUACAUUCAGAAAGUCCUUGAGAAGUUCAGAAUGACGGAUGCCAAGCCAAGGAGUACACCUUUAGGGAGUCAGCUGAAACUCUCCAAGCAGCAGUCUCCAAAGACCAAUGAAGACAAAGAUGAGAUGGCUAAAGUCCCUUAUGCAUCAGCCGUUGGCAGCUUGAUGUACGCAAUGGUGUCAACAAGGCCGGACAUUGCUCAUGCAGUGGGAGUUGUUAGCAGGUUCAUGUCGAAUCCAGGGAAGGAACAUUGGGAAGGAGUCAAGUGGCUGCUACGCUACUUGAAAGGCACUUCUGGAACUGCUCUUUGUUUCAGGAGGAAUGGAGUAAUUCUAGAAGGAUUUGCUGAUGCUGAUUUGGGGGGCUGUUGUGAUUCCGGGAAGAGCACUACGGGUUACAUAUUCACAAUUGGAGGUACGACGAUCAGUUGGAUGUCUAGACUUCAAAAGAGUGUGGCUCUUUCGACCACAGAAGCAGAGUAUAUGGCCAUUGCUGAAGCGGCCAAAGAGUUGAUCUGGUUGAAGAACUUUCUUUCGGAGUUGGGCAUGGAACAGGGGGAUUGCGGACUGCACUGUGACAACCAGAGUGCCAUUCACCUCGCGAAGAAUCCAGUGUUUCACAGCAGAACGAAACACAUCAAGAUGCGAUACCAUUUUAUCCGAGAGUUGAUUGAAGACGGUAUCAUAAACUUGAAGAAGAUCCUUGGUACGAAGAAUCCAGCAGACAUGCUUACCAAGGUGGUGACAACGGAGAAGUUGAAGCUAUGCAUGGCUUCAACUGGCCUUCCAGAUACUUGAUGGGAAGGUGUGAACGAGAGAUAGAGAUCAGGGGUGUUGCAGAGGAUACAUGUUCUUGGAUGGCAGAUGACUGUUGAACAAGCCUCCAAGUGGGAGAUUGUUGAAGAUGGAGCCUUGUUUGGAAUGCAGGAGUAUAUACCCGACCGGGUAUGUUGGGUUACCCGAUCGGGUAUGAGGUGUUUGAUGGCUCGAGUAUUUCCCUGGUUUCUACACUCGAUCGAGUAUUGAUCAUUACUCGGUCGAGUAUGCGUGUAAGGGGUACUCGGGUUAUAUUCUGGAGUUUAUACUCGAUCGAGUAUGGAGGUAUACUCGGUCGAGUAUGUGUAAAAACACUACUCGGGCAGAAUUCUGGAAUCUAUACUCGGUCGAGUAUGUAUGUAUACUCGAUCGAGUAUACGGGAAAAAUUAAGAGAUAUUACCCAAAAUAGGACUAAAACAGUUUGAAAAUUCCAAAAUAGGACUUCCAUGUUUUUAUUCCCGAAAUAGGACUAAUUACUGUCAUGUUUUGACAGUACCAGACUUUAAACAUGACAGUAUUUUCCAAAUUUGGCAGUAAUUAGUCUUAUUUUGGGAAUAAAAACAUGACAGUCCUAUUUUGGAAUUUUCAAACUUUUUUAGUCCUAUUUCGGGAACUUUCCCAAAAAUUAAUGACGGGAUUAAUUUUUGGGCCUGCGGCCUUAACCCUUAUUUAGGCUUUCUUAAACCUAUUUAAACAUCCCUAAUGUAUCUGUAAACAUACCAGACGCUGGAAUAAUAAUACAUCUCUCUCUCGUUCGCCGUGGACUAGCGUAAUCACACCGAUUGCGUGAACCACGUAAAUUCUUGUGUUCUUGCUUUAAAUUUAUCGUUUAUCUUAGCCUAAUCGUAAUAAUUAACAACUGGUAUCAGAGCUAUGGCUGACGAAGGGAAGGUUAAGAUCGAUAAAUUUGAUGGUCAAGAUUUCGCUUUCUGGAAGAUGCAAAUCGAGGAUUAUCUCUACCAGAAAAAGCUUCAUCUACCCUUGUCUGAGAACAAGCCAGAGACGAUGGCGGAGGCGGAGUGGAACUUGUUGGACCGACAGGCUCUUGGUGUGGUGAGGUUGUCGUUGGCGAAAAACGUUGCUUACAAUAUCGUCAACGAGAAGACAACGUUUGGACUGCUCAAGGCGUUAUCCAACAUGUACGAGAAACCCUCAGCGGCCAACAAGGUUUUCUUAAUCAGACAGUUGGUGAAUACAAGAAUGAAGGAAGGUGCAUCCGUGACAGAUCACAUCAACGAGUUUAAUUCAAUCAUAUCCAGGUUAGGCUCGGUUGAGAUUAAAUUCGAUGAUGAAGUUCAAGCACUACUUUUGUUAUCAUCUUUGCCCGAUAGUUGGUCCGGUACAGUCACAGCAGUUAGUAGUUCGGCUGGAACCACUAAGCUUUCCUUUGAAGGUAUUCGUGACUUAAUCCUUGGUGAGGAUAUCCGGAGGAGAAGUUCGGGGGAUAGCUCCAAUAGUUUGUUGAGUACUGAAGACAGGGGCAGAAAAUCCACUAAAGGGGGGUAACAAGAAGGGAAGAUCAAAGUCGAGGAAGAGGGGUCAAUCCAAGAACAGGAAGGACAUCAAUUGUUGGAAUUGCAAGGAGAAUGGACACUUCAGAAAUCAGUGCCCAAAAGCCCCAGCAGACAAAGGCAAGAAGGAGGUGAAUGUGGCAGAGGAUUAUGAAGAUGUUCUAAUUUGCAGCGUUGAGAAUUCAGUUGAGUCCUGGAUCAUGGAUUCAGGUGCGUCGUUUCAUGCUUGUCAUUGCAGGGAUUUGAUGAAAAAUUUCAGGCCCUACGGUGGAAGAGUUCGUUUGGCGGAUGAUAAAUCCCUGGAGAUCACGGGUAUUGGGGAUGUUGAUCUCAGUACCACUUUGGGUACAACCUGGAGGCUGAAAGAUGCCAGGUAUAUUCCAGACCUGAAGAAGAUGUUGAUCUCAGUAGGACAGCUUGAUGAGGAAGGCCAUAACGUUAGUUUUGGCAACAAGCAAUGGAAGGUAACAAAGGGAAAGCUGGUCAUUGCUCGUGGGCAAAAGCAUGGUACACUGUACAUGGUUGAAGUGUCCACAGAUGGGGCAAACGCAGCAGUUGAAGAUACAGGGGUCUCUACCUUGUGGCACCAAAGACUUGGGCACAUAAGUGAGAACGGAAUGAAGAUGUUGUCUUCAAAGGGCAAAAUCCCAGAUUUGAAGAAUUCAAAGUUGACCUUUUGUGAGCCAUGUGUUCUAGGCAAACAAAAGAGGGUAACCUUUGUGAAGACAGGACAGCAACCCAAGACUGAGCGGCUGGAGUUGAUUCAUUCAGAUGUCUAUGGACCUACAAAGGUCUCUUCAAUUGGAGGUUCCCGCUACUAUGUUACAUUCAUUGAUGACUCUACACGGAAGGUAUGGGUUUAUUUUCUUAAAAAUAAAUCCGAUGUCUUUAACACUUUUAAGAAGUUCAAAGCUGCAGUUGAGAAUGAAACAAAUCUCAAAAUUAAGUGUUUAAAGAGUGAUAAUGGGGGUGAGUAUAGUAGCACAGAGUUUGUAGAGUAUUGUGCUGAACAGGGGAUUAGAAUGCUGAAGACGGUUCCAGAAACACCACAGCAAAAUGGUGUUGCAGAGAGGAUGAACAGAACAUUGAAUGAAAGGGCCAGAAGCAUGAGAUUGCAUGCAGGACUUCCCAAGAUGUUCUGGGCCGAUGCAGUGAACACAGCAGCGUACUUAAUCAACAGAGGACCCUCAUCUCCCAUUGGUUUCAAAAUUCCAGAAGAGGAAUGGAAAGGUCGUGAGGUAUCUCUUAAUCACUUGAAAGUUUUUGGUUGUAUUUCUUAUGUCAAAGUCAGAGAUGCAGAUAGUGACAAGCUUGAGGCAAAGGCAAAGAAGUGUAUCUUUAUUGGGUACGGGUCGGAUGACAUGGGCUACAGGUUCUGGGACAACCAAAGCAAGAAGGUUAUCAGAAGUAGAGAUGUCACCUUCAACGAGAAUGCUCUUUAUAAAGAUGGUCUUGCAGCAGGAACAAGCAAAGGCAAGCAACCGGAAAACAAACAGCAAGUGGUGUUUGAAGGGAUGACUGAAGAUGACAUAGCACAACCAGUCGGUUGUGAUGAGACGGCUGGAGGCUCAGGGAGCAGUGGGAGCUCAGGAGAUACAGGAAUGUCUGAAGAUAGUGGGAGUGAUGAAGACAGUGGGAGUUCAGAGGCAGCUACUCCACACAUCAGACAGUCCACCAGAAUCAGGAGACCUCCAAACAGGUAUUCUCCUUCAGCAAAUUAUCUAUUGCUGACCGAGAAUGGAGAGCCAGAAUCUUACUCAGAGGCGUUGGCUGUAAGAGAUUCCAUACAUUGGAAGAAGGCCAUGAAAGAUGAGUUAGAUUCACUUGACAAGAACCAAACUUGGUCCUUAGUCAAGUUACCACCGGGAAAGAAAGCAUUGGAAAAUAAGUGGGUUUUCAGAAUUAAAGAUGAAGCAGAUGGAAGCAAAAGAUACAAGGCCAGGCUAGUUGUCAAGGGGUUCCAACAGAAAAAGGGGGUUGACUACAAUGAAAUCUUCUCCCCGGUUGUGAAGAUGACCACUAUCAGGUUGAUUCUUGGUAUCGUUGCAGAUGAAAAUUUACACUUGGAGCAGCUGGAUGUGAAGACUGCUUUUCUUCAUGGCAACCUUGAAGAAGACAUUUACAUGGCUCAACCGAUAGGUUUCUCAGUGAGUGGUAAGGAAAAGUUGGUGUGCAAACUCAAGAAAAGUCUAUACGGACUGAAGCAAGCUCCCAGACAGUGGUACUUGAAGUUUGACAGUUUCAUGCAGCGGAAUGGGUACACUAGAUGCAAGAUGGACCAUUGCUGUUACUUGAAGAAAUUCAAGUCAUCAUACAUUAUUCUUCUUUUGUAUGUUGAUGACAUGUUGGUGGCUGGAUCAAACAUGCAGGAGAUCAACGAGCUCAAGAAGAAGUUGUCCGAAGAAUUUGAGAUGAAGGAUUUAGGGGAGGCGAGACAGAUUCUUGGGAUGAGCAUAGUCAGAGACAAGGUGGAAGGUACUUUAAAGCUUUCACAGCAGAAGUACAUUCAGAAAGUCCUUGAGAAGUUCAGAAUGACGGAUGCCAAGCCAAGGAGUACACCUUUAGGGAGUCAGCUGAAACUCUCCAAGCAGCAGUCUCCAAAGACCAAUGAAGACAAAGAUGAGAUGGCUAAAGUCCCUUAUGCAUCAGCCGUUGGCAGCUUGAUGUACGCAAUGGUGUCAACAAGGCCGGACAUUGCUCAUGCAGUGGGAGUUGUUAGCAGGUUCAUGUCGAAUCCAGGGAAGGAACAUUGGGAAGGAGUCAAGUGGCUGCUACGCUACUUGAAAGGCACUUCUGGAACUGCUCUUUGUUUCAGGAGGAAUGGAGUAAUUCUAGAAGGAUUUGCUGAUGCUGAUUUGGGGGGCUGUUGUGAUUCCGGGAAGAGCACUACGGGUUACAUAUUCACAAUUGGAGGUACGGCGAUCAGUUGGAUGUCUAGACUUCAAAAGAGUGUGGCUCUUUCGACCACAGAAGCAGAGUAUAUGGCCAUUGCUGAAGCGGCCAAAGAGUUGAUCUGGUUGAAGAACUUUCUUUCGGAGUUGGGCAUGGAACAGGGGGAUUGCGGACUGCACUGUGACAACCAGAGUGCCAUUCACCUCGCGAAGAAUCCAGUGUUUCACAGCAGAACGAAACACAUCAAGAUGCGAUACCAUUUUAUCCGAGAGUUGAUUGAAGACGGUAUCAUAAACUUGAAGAAGAUCCUUGGUACGAAGAAUCCAGCAGACAUGCUUACCAAGGUGGUGACAACGGAGAAGUUGAAGCUAUGCAUGGCUUCAACUGGCCUUCCAGAUACUUGAUGGGAAGGUGUGAACGAGAGAUAGAGAUCAGGGGUGUUGCAGAGGAUACAUGUUCUUGGAUGGCAGAUGACUGUUGAACAAGCCUCCAAGUGGGAGAUUGUUGAAGAUGGAGCCUUGUUUGGAAUGCAGGAGUAUAUACCCGACCGGAGCUAUGGCUGACGAAGGGAAGGUUAAGAUCGAUAAAUUUGAUGGUCAAGAUUUCGCUUUCUGGAAGAUGCAAAUCGAGGAUUAUCUCUACCAGAAAAAGCUUCAUCUACCCUUGUCUGAGAACAAGCCAGAGACGAUGGCGGAGGCGGAGUGGAACUUGUUGGACCGACAGGCUCUUGGUGUGGUGAGGUUGUCGUUGGCGAAAAACGUUGCUUACAAUAUCGUCAACGAGAAGACAACGUUUGGACUGCUCAAGGCGUUAUCCAACAUGUACGAGAAACCCUCAGCGGCCAACAAGGUUUUCUUAAUCAGACAGUUGGUGAAUACAAGAAUGAAGGAAGGUGCAUCCGUGACAGAUCACAUCAACGAGUUUAAUUCAAUCAUAUCCAGGUUAGGCUCGGUUGAGAUUAAAUUCGAUGAUUGAUAUGCACUAAUUAGUAGUGCAUAAGUGUGUGUUUUUAUGUUUGAUUUGUG